AGGACUUAUGACAGUGCCUCCUUCGCCCAAAGCCGGCUCAAGACGUCACUCUCCCCUUAAGCCCAAGGGGACAGCAAGGAAGGCUCGGGAGCCCAGAAAAGAAGGAAGGGAAGGGAAGGAGAGGAGGGUGUCGCUGGAGCAUGCUUCCUCUGGUGGGACGGCAGGCUCCCCAAUGAUGCCCCGCAGAGCCGUCCCCCUUUGCGGAGAGCGCCAUGUGGGAACGCCUCAAGCGGGCCCUGGGCGGCAUCCGGAGGGGCCUGCGGGUCUUCUGGACCAAGAACGGCCUCCUGGUCCUCUCCUUGCUCUCUGUGGUCACCGGCUGCGGCGUGGGAUUCCUGCUCCGCCGCCUGGAGCUCUCUGACCUCGAGAAGCAAUACUUCUCUUUCCCUGGAGAACUUUUGAUGCGGAUGCUGAAGAUGCUCAUUUUGCCAUUGAUCACUUCCAGUCUGAUGUCAGGCUUGGCCACCAUGGACUCCAAGGUGUGUGGGAAGAUGGGAGUGAUCACCAUCACCUACUACCUGUGGACCACCUUCCUAGCCGUCACAACUGGCAUCGUCCUAGUCAUCAGCAUCCAUCCGGGGGCCGCCGCCCAGAAGGAGGACUACGCCGUGGGCAAAGUGGUGCUCAGCUCCGCCGAUGCCCUCCUCGACCUCAUCAGGAACAUGUUCCCUUCAAACCUCAUUGAGGCCUCCUUCCAACAGUACCGGACAGUGCUGGUGCCGGUGGUGAAGACCUCGAAGGACCCGAAGGCGGCCAGGAAGUCAGUCAGCUUCAUCUAUUUCCUGCCGGAUGCAGCCAACCCAGGGGUGCAGCGCCCGGUGCUGCUGGAGAUCACACCUGCCCCCGAAAUGACCUACCGCACCCUCCCUGGCAGCAACAGCGAGAUGAAUGUCCUGGGCAUCGUCAUCUUCUCCGCCACCAUUGGUUUCCUGCUGGGCAAGAUGGGGGAGCGCGGGGCGCCGCUGGUGAACGUGUGCCAAUGCCUGAACGAAGCUGUGAUGAAGAUCGUCUCCAUGGCCGUGUGGUACUUCCCCUUCGGUAUUGUCUUCCUGAUCGCAGGGAAGAUCCUGGAGAUGGAGGACCCCUACAUAGUGGGGAAGAAGCUGGGCCUCUACGCCAUAACCGUGGUCACUGGGCUGGCCAUCCACAGCCUCUGCUUUUUGCCCCUCCUCUUCGCCCUCAUCACCCGGAAGAACCCCUUCGCCUUCAUCCGCGGCAUCCUCCAGGCCCUGCUUAUCGCCCUGGCCACCUCCUCCAGCUCGGCCACCCUUCCCAUCACCCUCAAGUGUCUUCUAGAGAACAACGGGAUUGACCGGCGCAUAGCCCGCUUUGUCCUCCCUGUCGGUGCCACCAUCAACAUGGACGGGACCGCCCUUUAUGAGGCUGUGGCCGCCAUUUUCAUUGCACAAGUCAACGAAUAUGACCUGGACUUGGGGCAGAUCAUCACCAUCAGCAUCACAGCCACGGCUGCCAGCAUUGGGGCGGCCGGCAUCCCCCAGUCGGGCCUGGUCACCAUGGUCAUCGUCUUGACCUCGGUCGGACUGCCCACUGAAGACAUUACCCUCAUCAUCGCCGUUGACUGGGCCUUGGACCGUCUCCGGACUAUGACCAAUGUACUUGGUGACGCGUUGGCAGCUGGCAUCAUGGCACACAUCUGCCGAGAGGAUUUUGCCACCGUGGCCCCCAAAGCCCGCAAGGCCAAGAAGCCCCCCGUGGUGGUCCCUUCGCUGGGCCUCCCCAAGAACCACGUGGUGGAGAUUGUCCGGGAGUCGGGUCCCCAGCAGAACCACUUUGGCGGCGUCUGCCACGUCUGACUGGCACAAGGGCUUUGGGGCACACCCAGGAGGAGGCAUGGGGUAAGCCCUUGGGACUCAUUAUCCGACAAGGACGGAAUCCAACUCCCCCAAAGCCGCCUUCUCCAGGAAUUCUUCUCCUUCCUUGGGAUGACUUUGGAUCCUUUGGGAUAUUGAACAACAUAUCUAUCUGUCUAAAAAUACGCUUCUUUCUGGCAAAAGGCUGGCGGCAAGGCUCCCAAAUCUAGCUGCGAAAUCGGAGCCUGAUAAGAGAUUUUGAGAGAGAUUCACACUGUGAAGUAUCUUUUCAAUCCAUUGAAGCGAACCGAGGAUGAAAGGAGGAAGAGGAAGAGAGGAAGUGGGACAUUGAGAAGGCAAUGGAGUUGAUGGGGAAGAGCAGGGCAAGAGAGGAAAGAGCGGCUUCCCCGUCGCUUUCCAUGUUCCUUCGGACUUUGCAACGCCGGCCCUGCAGACACUGAUCUAGAUGGUGCUUUUUUAUACACAUAUCUCUGUACAAAAUAACAAAUAAAAAAGGGUGACUGAAACGCA